UUUCUUAUGCUCCUCCCAUGGGGUGGAUGGGGGGUGUCAACAAAGUCCAGCACCAGCUGUCAAAUUUAUAAUCCAGCCCAGCAGCAUUAGCAUCUCUUAGAGUGCACCAGUACAAACCCAGCCAUCCAGCUUUUAGGUUGGUGCCGUGGGGAUUGCCUUUUUAGGAGACACCUGAUCACAGCUUACCUCACCGCCACCCAACACAAAGAAGCUGUGGCUGAUAAUGUGAUGUUUACGUGUGUGCGCCCACCCCUGGUGACAGUGGGAAGGUGGUAGAAGAGUUCUUAUGCUGUAGAGACAGAGGUCUGUGGUUGUUUCACAUCUAGUGGAAAUUUUAACCAGAACUGUGAGGGCUCGGAAGUUCUUCAGGAUGUUUUGAGGCAAGACAUAUCAAGUUUUCACUGUUCUAUGACUGUGAAUCUGCCAAGGUGUUGAAGACCAACAGCUGAAAAGAGUUCAGAUUUUGGCUGUUGUUUGUGCCAGGAACUGUCUAAAUCCCAGGAGAAGCCUUUUUUCCCCUCAUUAGCUGGGUGAGCCAAUGCGAGUAGAACCCAGUAUCAUGGAGAAAUUCAAGGCGGCCAUGGUUCUGGGAGCUGUCGGUGAUGCCUUGGGCUACAGAAAGGGUCGUUGGGAAGGCUGCAUCUCAGGCAAGAAGAUCCAGGAAGAACUGGCUUCUCUUGGGGGACUGGGUGCCCUAAAACUGGACCCUGAUAACUGGCCCCUGAGUGAUGUAACACUGAUGCACAUGACCACAGCAGAAGCUCUUAUAACAGAUUACUGGUGUCUGGAGGACCUGUACCGGGAGCUGGUGCGUCUCUAUGUUGAAGCCAUGGUGUCACUCCAGGGCAGAGCCCCUGAUCCUGCCACAGUGGAGGGAUGUGUUCACCUCAAGCCUCACAACUUCCUGCUCGCCUGGCAUACACCCUUCAAUGAAAAAGGGUCUGGGUUCGGGGCGGCUGCCAAGGCCAUGUGUGUGGGUAUGAGAUACUGGCAACCUGACAGAAUUGACAACCUGGUGGAGGUCAGCAUUGAGAUCGGCAGAAUGACCCAUAACCACCCCAUAGGCUUUCUUGGCUCCCUGACAACAGCGCUGUUUGCAUCCUAUGCAGUCCAGGGGAGACCUGUCGUUACUUGGGGCCGUGAACUCAUGAAGGUCAUCCCUCUGGCUGAAGAGUACUGCAGGAAAACCAUACGCCACAUGGCAGAAUAUCAGGAAAACUGGUUCUAUUUUGAGGCCAAGUGGCAGUUUUACCUUGAAGAAAGAGAGAUAGAUGAAGAAGGGAAGAACAAGCCUUCAUUCCCUGAUCGCUAUGAUGCUGAUGAGAUGGACAAGGUGUACAAGCGGUGGAGCUCAGAGGGCCGUGCUGGCUGGAGAGGCCAUGAUGCCCCCAUGAUAGCCUACGAUGCCCUUCUGGCUGCAGGGAGUGACUGGGCUGAAGUGUGUAAACGAGCCAUGUUCCACGGAGGUGAGAGUGAGGCCACAGGCCUGAUUGCAGGCUGUCUCUAUGGCCUCAUGCAUGGCCUGAACCCGGUUCCACAAGGACUGUACCAGGAUUUGGACAAACGAACGCGCCUGGAAGAGCUUGGAGAGGCGCUUUACAAGGCAUCAUCUGCAGAAAAAUGCAUAGACAAACCAGAUUCUUGGAAAACCAGUAUCAGCCCAGAUGCCAGUAUGUUGAGGAAGUUGGUUAGAGAUCGCAACUGCCGUCCAGUGCUCCGAGGGAUUCUGGAGAGUAUCCUGCAUUACCUAACGCAGGAUCUGCCCAAGUCGUCCACCAGAAACAGAAACCUGGAGGAGCUGGGGUCUGGUACUGUAGCUGGAAGAAACACAAGAAACAAAGAUUGUCUUGAUCAGAGCCCUGAGACUCUAGUGAACCAAACUCAGCUUCCUCAGACAAAUUGCAGCAUGGUUCAUCUCCCUGAAGAGCAUAAAUUGACCCAGGGAAAGACUACUGAGACCAGCUGCAAGAUCCCUGAAAAAUGCUGGUCAGAUGCACAAAAACACAGACUGCCAAGCAGGUAUGGAGGAGAUCAAAGAGCAGGAAACCUAAUACCCCGGCGCCUUACUACAUUCCAGCUCCUCCAAUCCAAAUUCACAAGGUCCUCACCCAAACCCUUCCUCAGCCAUCAAAGGGAGGUAGGAACUCUGUCCUCCAGCAGGGGAGUGGCAGGUAGUAUGAACCACCACCAAGACAGUGAGCAGGACAGGCCUAAGAGAGACAGAGUUACAAAAGAACAAGGAUUGAAAAGAGGUGGCAGUGUGAAGGAUAUGGUGACCAAAUUUGCCAUAGCUGAGCAAAAAGAAUGGGGACUGAAUAUGCUGAAGAAACAGCCAAUCAAACCCAAACUCACUGGAAAGGGGAUCCUCUUGUCUUGCUUGAUGGAGAGGUUUGAGACCAUGGCCACCGUGUGUAAAGGAAAUGACUUGAAAUAUUCACAUGGAAGGCCUUCUGGAGAAGUCAAGGUGACAAGUAAUAUAAAAGAGAUAGUAGCUUGUUAUGAAAGAGGGCAAGACAGCUGUAGAUCCAAAUCCCCCCAAUGCAGUGACUAUUCAAAGAAGGCUGCUGCAGAAGUACGCCAUCCCAAGUGUUUACAGGUAGACCAAACUGCCCAUAAACAAAAGCAACACAACAUAAUGAGAAGUAAAUCUGUUGGACAGCAUUUGAAAAAAAAUCUAAUAGCAAAUGGGCAAGAACAUAGACCAGAACAGGUAGUAAUAAAAGUAAACCCAAACUGUGGAGAAAGACAUAAUUUGAAAGCAAAGGAAGUGGGACAAAUGGGAGAACAGUUUUCAGAUCAAAAGGCUGAUGGUCAUUGUUCACUGAAACAUAUGAAGAGUCAAAGUUAUGAUAACAAGGUUAAGACUUCAGGGAAAUCUGGUGAAAUUCAGAGUGCAGCUGAUGAAACUCGCUGUAGCACCAGUAAGUUAAAAAAUGAAAGUCCAGAGAUGCUUUGUUUCACUUCUGUCACAGAGUGGUCUCUGCCAGAACCUUACUGGGUUUUUCCACAGGUGGAGGCCCCAUUGCGCUUGCAUGUGGCAACCAUUAUGGCCUGCUCUCCUGUGUGGUCCAUAUCUGUAGAUUCUUCUCCUAAACAAUAUCUACAGGAAACCAAACCUCAGAUAUCAGAAAAGGUACUAAAUAUGAAGAAAGACAUUUCUUGUGGAACUCCACAAUACUUUGACAGUCAGUCAGCCACAGCUAAGCCCUCCAGUGUCCCAACCAAAAGCAUUGUAAAACCCAAACCUGAGGGACUUUUUAAGGACAGAAGCCAUGACCCCGUGGACAACACAGCUGUAGCUGACUUGCCAUGGUCCAUAUGUGUAGAUUCCUCUCCUAAACAAUAUCUACAGGAAACCAAACCUGAGUAUUCGGAAAAGAUACCAAAUGUGAUGACAGACAAUUCUCAUGGAACUCCACAAUACUCUCACAGUCAGUCAGCCACAGCUAAACCCUCCACUAUACCAGCCGAAGGCACUGUAAAACUCACCACUGAGGGACUUUCUAAGGACAGAGGCCACGACCCUGUGGACAACACAGCUGUAGAUCCAAAUCCCUCUAGUGCAGUGCCUAUUCAGGGAAGGUUGCCCAGAUAUAUGAUCCCACAUGUUUCUAAGCCUGACACUUCAGAAAAGAUACUAAAUAUGACGAAAGACAUUUCUUGUGGAACUCCACAAUACUCUCACAAUGAGACAGCCACCACUGAGCCCUCUACUGUAAAACCCAAAGCUGAGGGACUUUCUAAGGACAAAGGCCAUGACACCAUUUACAACACAGCUGUAGCUGACUCACCAUGGUCCUUAUGUGUAGAUUCCACUCCUAAACAAUAUCUACAGGGAACCAUGCCUGACACAUCAGAAAAGAUAUUAAAUAUGAAGAAAGACAUUUCUUGUGGAACUCCACAAUACUCUCACAGUGAGACAGCCACAGCUGAGCCCUCCACUAUACCAGCUGAAAGCGCUGUAAAACCUAAAACUGAGGGACUUUCUAAGGACAGAGGCCAUGACACCAUUUACAACACAGCUGUAGCUGACUCACCAUGGUCCUUAUGUGUAGAUUCCACUCCUAAACAAUAUCUUCAGAGAACCACACCUGACACCUCAGAAAAGAUACUAAAUAUGAAAAAAGACAUUUCUUGUGGAACUCCACAAUACUUUGACAGUCAGUCAGUCACAGCCGAGCCCUCCACUAUACCAGCCGAAGGCACUGUAAAGCCUAAAUCUGAGGGACUUUCUAAGGACAGAGGCCAUGACCCUGUGGACAACACAGCUGUAGAUCCAAAUCCCUCUAGUGCAUUGCUUAUUCAAGGAAGGUUGCCCAGGUACAUGAUCCCACACGUUUCCAAACCUGACACUUCAGAUAAGAUACUAAAUAUGACGAAAGACAUUUCUUGUGGAACUCCACAAUACCCUCAGAGUGACACAACCACAGCCGAGCCCUCCACUAUACCAGCCGAAGGUGCUGUAAAGACCCAGACUGAGGGACUUUCUAAGGACAGAGGCCAUGACACCAUUUACAACACAGCUGUAGCUGACUCACCAUGGUCCUUAUGUGUAGAUUCCACUCCUAAACAAUAUCUACAGGGAACCACACCUGACACCUCAGAAAAGAUACUAAAUAUGAGGAAAGACAAUUCUUGCAGACCCACACAAUACUCUCACAGUCAGUCAGCCACAGCCAAUCCCUCCACUAUACCAGCCGAAAGCAUUGUCAAACCUAAAACUGAGGGACUUUCUAAGGACAGAGGCCAUGACCCUGUGGACAACACAGCUGUAGAUCCAAAUCCCUCUAGUGCAUUGCUUAUUCAAGGAAGGUUGCCCAGAUAUAUGAUCCCACGUGUUUCCAAACCUGACACUUCAGAUAAGAUACUAAAUAUGACGAAAGACAUUUCUUGUGGAACUCCACAAUACUCUCACAAUGAGAGAGCCACUGCUGAGCCCUUCACUAUACCAGCCGAAGGCACUGUUAAACCUAAAGCUGAGGGACUUUCUAAGGACAGAGGCCAAGACACCAUUUACAACACAGCUGUCGCUGACCCACCUUGGUCCAUAUGUGUAGAUUCCUCUCCUAAGCAAUAUCUACAGGAAAAACAACUUGAGAAUUCAGAAAAGAUACUAAAUGUGAAGAAGGAUAUUUCUUGUGGAACUCCACAAUACUUUGACAGUCAGUCAAAAACAGCUGAGCCUAUCACUAUACUAGGUGAAGGCGCUGUAAAACCCCAAACUGAGGGACUUUCUAAGGGCAGAGGCCAUGACCCAGUGGACAACAUAGCUGUAGAUCCAAAUCCCCUCAGUGCAGUAACUAUUCAAGGAAGGUUGUCCAAGCACGUUAUCCCACGUGUUUACAGAUUUGAUUAUCAACAAUCUGCUGAUCACAUGAAUGCUGCCUCUCAAUCAGCACCACACUCAGAAACUAUAACUCCUUUCGUCGCAGUUCCAUCACUGCAGUCUGAGACUCCCAAGACUUCUCUUGACAUUGUUUCAAUGACAAUAGAAAAUUUUCAAGAUAAUGACCUUAAAGACAAUGACCAAGACAAUGAUUUUAAUCAAAAUUUCAGUUGCUCCGAACGUACCUCCAUACCUUCUAAUGAUAUCACCAUUCAUACAACAAUAAAAAGAAAUGCCACAGAAACUAAACCACAAGGAGAAGAUAAGGAGGCCAGAGAAGAAAAAGAAACAGUGCUAGUGGACAUAAAAGAAACUAGUAUCCCACAAAAUGUUAUACUUUCUAGCACAGCCAAUAAGGCUGCAGUGACAUUACCUGAGGUUCAACCUGAGAGAGUCAAGCCAAAACAGAAACCGAAGUACAGAACAAUUAACUAUGGGGAUCCUUCAGUCAAACAAACAUAUAAGCCCAAAAUCAUACGUUUUACUGACACCUUUACUUUUUAGGUUGCCACUAUUGACUAGACAGUGAUACACAAGGUAGAAUCUAAAAUAAGUGUUUGCUGCUCAGGCACAGUUUCCUUUCACUGACACAUUACAGCAAAAUUUAAUUGAGAUUUCAUUUACUCCAAUUGUGCCUUCAUAAACCAGAAACAUAGUUGCUGCAAAAUCAACUCAGAUUAAGCAAUAAAUGCAGCAAAUGAACACAAACGAUCAUCCACGAGCUAGUAGGAAAAUUAAUGGACCACAGUUAGUCAAGAACAAUUUAUUGCUAACACCUCUCUUGUGUAUAUUAAUCACAAUGUUAAGUUGGUUUGUAUUAAAUGGUAUUCAGUGUAUUUGCACAGAAAUUCAUAAAACAGUAUAAGGAUAAGAAAUAACAUAAGUGCACUUCAACAUUGUGUAACAGCAGUGAUAACCUCCAAAUGACCUACAACAGUUAGGCUGACUGGCCUACAGUUUAUCAAGGUUGACUUGUCGCAAAAAGUACUCUUAAAAUAGGCUAUUGUAAAUAGUAUUUUGGCCCUCUUGGCUGUCCUUAGAUGUUGAACAUGCCUCCAUCGGUGACAUAUGUGAUGUAGAGUCGUGUAAUACUCACAUUAGCCAGCUUUAUGAUUAUUAGGAGAAUAAUAUGUAUUACGGAGUUAGAUGAUUGUUAUUCAAGUGUACUCACAGUAAACCUAUUGGUAUUAUUAUUUACAUGACUGAUUUGACAGACUGCUUGUUAAAUGAUUAUGUUAAAAACAGAUACAUACUAUAUACACAAAAUUGUCUCAUUUUAGAUUAAACAAAUAUACAGUAUAAUAUGUAGUUAAGUGAUUUUACUUAAUAAAUGAUGCUGUGAAAUAAAA